GCUGGUUUCACUGGGGGAUGGAUGGAGGAGAGAUGUUGUGACAGGCUUCAUAUUCAGGCUGUAUCAUAGCUGUGUUUAUUGUUUUAACGUUGAGGGCUCAGGGGGUCACGAUGCACAGUUAGGUUCAUAUUAAGCUGAUUAUAAUCGCUUCAUUUAUGACUUUAUUUCGGGUGAAAACUAAUUUCCGGGCCCCAAAAUAGUGUCCCACAGCAGAGUCACAGUUCCUGGGUGUUGUUAUAUCUUGGGCCAAACCUCAGCCUCUUUGGAUUUAAAGAUUUUUAUAGUCCAUGUAUUUACCGGGCUGCACCUAUCCGCCAAAUUCUGACUUUGGCUCCAUCACUGCACCGUUUCUAGCGGAGAACAGCCCGGCUCAUGGCGCCUCUUCAGCGCGGAGACUGCCGGGCUACCACGAGCCACGGCAGCAGUAUCCUCCUCCGUGGAAAUGGACUCUCCACCAGGCGAACCGCGCCAUCACCUCUGCGCCAACAUCCUGCGUCAACCUGCCGGGGGAAGCCGUUUAUCACGAGUACCAGGGUUUACCAUCAUCAUCAUCAUCAUCAUCAUCGGAGACGAUAUUCAGCGCCGGUAAGGACAGCUUUGUGUACGGCGGAGCGGUUUACAGCGCCUCCGGUCCGCGCUUUUACGCACAGGCGUUUGGCGCAGACCCGCGGAGUUUCCCUGGCAGAUACACGGCGCUGAAUCCACAGCAUCGCUUCCCGGAAGAGCGGAGCCGGAUCCUGCCGCCUGUUUUUGAUCAGUUCUUCGAGUGUGCAGAGGACACGGUGGAUCAGAGAGCGCAGAUCACACUUGGGAGCCAACAGGAGACGGAGACACAUCAGGCCGAGUGGACGAGCUGUCACACCGGGGAGAGCAGCGAGGUGAGGGCGGGGUCAGAGUCACCCCAGGCUGGGAAGGAGGAAGAGGAGGAUGCGCCCUUAUCCAGCGGCAGUGGAGACAGUCAUGGCUCGGCAGAGCCCUGUGUGAUGAGAAAGAAGCGCUGUCCUUACUCCAAGCAGCAGAUCAGGGAGCUGGAGAGAGAGUUUCUAUUCAACAUCUACAUCAACAAGGACAGACGCAUGCAGCUGUCCCGCCUCCUGCGCCUCACAGACCGACAGGUGAAGAUCUGGUUCCAGAACAGACGAAUGAAAGAGAAGAAACUGAAAAGAGAGAGACUGCUGUACCACACAGGAUAUCACCUGUUCUGACCAAUGGGUUAUUGAGAAAGAAGUAAGAGACAGUCUAUCUUUCAGUCAUGCACAAGCUGUGGGAACGCUCUACAACCUUCUCACAGCCCUGUCUCAUUCCAGCCAUGUGGGCAGGUUAAUCAAGACAUAAAUAAAUAAAUGAAUCCAGUAUUCCUGCCAUGAGGAGUCCUCCAAGGCUCACGUUUAGGCCCCAUGUUUUUCUCGAGGACAAACACAUCCUGACAACUUCUCUAAUGAAUACUCUGUCUUGCUCCUGAUUUUCUUCUUGCCUUAUUCAAACCUGACUUCCCUCUGAAGUUAUGUGGCUGACUGUGAAGACAUUAACCCUUUCUUUGCCUCGGGGCUUCAUGUCCUAACUUUGAAAUGACAACAUACAUUUUAUAUCCUUUUUCCUUUCCAAAAACUAAACAUAGAGAAACAUGAAAUGCGGAUGUAGCUCUUUAUACGCUCGUCUGUGGAGCAUCCUGUUUUGGUGUUCACAUUUCUGAGAGUAUUUGAUUUUUUUUGGUCUUUUUGGUGUUUGAUGUUGAUUUGCACUGCUGACAAUCUAAAGAUGUGUCUGUGUAUUAAUGUUUCAGUUACUGAAUUAUAAAUCCUCUUGCUGUUCAUGUUCAUUUGUUUAUAACUUACACAAGUUAAUAAUACCUCAUAAAAUCUAAUUUCACCAUCUGUUUCGCUUAUAAAUCUAUCUGUUUAGGCAAGCGAAGGCAAUCUGUAUUAAUUAUUCUGAUAUCUCUGAGAUUUGAUAUCAGCAUUGUGACCAUUUUGUGUCAGCGUUUCUACAUGAAAGACUGUAAAUACUAAAAAUCUAAAACAUAUGAGUGCAAUUAUUUGGUUUACUUGGAUGUACUUUGUGAUUAGUUAAAUGUGAUUAAAUAUUGACUGACACAUCGUUAUGAAUGAGUCAUUAUUUCAGGUGC